GAGAAUCAAUCUUGCUACAGUGAUAAAGUCAAAAUUGAAAUUUAAGGGAGAAAAAAAAAAAAAAGAAAGUGAGAGAAAAAAUCAUGGCAUGUACAGAGGAGUAUCUUCAUGAAUUUCUUGGAGGUGGAUAUGGUAAGGACACUUGCUGAUAUAUGUUUGUGGAGGAACCAAAACAUUUCUCUUUCAAUGCUAAUUGGGUCAACAGUAAUUUGGUUUCUUCUUGAAGUUGUGGAAUGCUAUUUUAUCCCCCUUGUUUGCUACGUCCUCAUUCUCAUGAUGAUUAUGCUCUUCUUAUGGUCUAAUGGAGCAGGGAUAUUCAAUAGCAUGAAGGGUCCUCCUGGUUUUGAUGAAAUCAAGCUAUCUGAAUCAACUUGUGAGUACGUUUUCUCAAAGAUCAACUGGGUUAUGGCUAAAUUAUAUCACAAUGCAUGCUCAAAUGAUUUGAAACCUCUCCUUCUAACAACUGCUAGCCUCUGGAUUUUCAGUUAUGAGCAGUUGUUUCAGCUCCUUGACCUUCAUAUAUAUUGUAUUUCUCUGCUUUGGGACACUACCGAUAGUCUAUAUGCGGUACAAAGGAGCAGUAAACUAUUUUCUCAGCAAAAGCAACGAAGAGAUAGAGAAUUGUUUUCAGAUGGUCAAAUCUAACAUUCUUGACAAGAUUCCACGAGUAAAAGAGAAAUCAAUAUAACCUUGCAAGGGAAUAUUUUCGAAGAGAAACAAAUAUAGAAAAGAUAUUCAAGAAAAAAAAAAAAUUCAUCAGUACUAUCAGUGUUAAUGUCUCAGUAAUUAUCCUUACACAUUAAUAUUUAAACAUAUAUAUACAUAUAUAUAUGAACUCAGAAAGUCGUGGACUUUGUAUACAUCUAACUAUUAAUCAUUAUGGAUGAAUUUAUUCCAUAGCACCUUGCUUUUCUCAGUAUCUCUAGAUGAUGGGAAAGAACUAGCCACGCCUUGUUUAGGGUUAAUACAUGAUGACUAGAAGAUAGAGUAUUCCUCCUAAAGGAGCAUUUAUACAUAUUGUAAGAUGCAACCAUUUCUGGACAGGAAGCAACAAAAAGUUUCUGAAACUUCAGGGGAUCAUAUCGGUUUUGUCGCCUACAAU